CAGAUUCACCACUGUGUCCAGUGCUCCAGUGCUCCAGUGACGACACACGACCACAGCCAAGCGUCCCCGGUUCCACACGCGCCUCUGUGGCACCCUCGCUGCGCGCAUCUCCAUGUCAACCUCCCCGAACCAACACCGAUUCUCUCGACAAGGAUUCCAGCCUCUGGACCACCAGUCCUCUUCGGCAAACAACGCGAGCAUAGCUACCAUGGAGAAUAUCCCCCUCGAGACGGUCGUCAGCCAUACCCCCUCGCACGCCCGCACUGUGCAGGACGACUCCAUGACCGAGAAGAGCGGCAUGUUCCACCGUAGCCCUCAUGGCAGGAGGCGCCUCAAGACUCUCGACUCCAAGACGGGCGCCGGCACUCGUCCUGGAGCUGCCGAGGAGGACACGGCCUUGAACCGCAUGGGCCGCAUAUACGAGAUGAUUCUCAACUUCAGCAUUGUCACUCGCUACUUCAUAUAUGUCCUCCCGCUGGCGCUUUGCCUCGCCGUACCCCUCAUUGUCGGCGCUACGGUUGCUGAAAAAUCGACGAUUGGCAAGGUUAGGAUUGUGUGGAUCUUUACGUGGCUUGAAAUUGUAUGGCUGAGCUUGUGGAUCUCUAAGAUCGUCGCUCAUUUCCUACCCAACAUAUUCGAGUUUGUUGCCGGCGUAGUCAGCGCUGGCGUACGUAAAUACGCACUGAUACUCAAAUCUCUGGAGAUUCCUCUCUCGAUAGUCGGUUGGGCUAUGGUUUCGCUGGCGACCUUUAUUCCAGUCACUUACUCAGUUCCAACCGCUCAUGGCGAACACAAGGGAAAUGUGGAACACUGGCAAACUAUCGUCCGCCAGGUUCUCGUCGCGUGCUUGAUUAGCGCCUGCAUCCUCCUUGGAGAGCGCCUUCUCAUUCAGCUCAUCAGCAUCAACUACCACCGCAAACAGUUCGAUUCCAAGAUCAAGGACUCCAAGCACAACAUCUACCUCCUAAGCCUUCUCUACGACGCAUCGGUCGCCCUAUUUCCUGCUUAUGGCAAUGAUUUUGCGGAGGAGGACUACAUCAUCCAAGAUUCAUUGCAGCUCAGCUUAGGAAGUAAAAAAGGCACCCAUGCACGAUCUGGGUCCGCGACUCCUAUGCGGCUGCUUCAGGAUGUGGGUAGAUUCGGAGACAAGGUCACUUCCGCUUUUGGUCACAUCGCACAUGAGGUCACCGGCAAGAAGGUCUUCAACCCAAAUUCGGCUCAUUCAAUCGUAAUCGAAGCCCUAGAGAAGAAGCGGUCCUCUGAAGCUUUGGCCAAGCGUCUCUGGAUGUCUUUUGUUGUGGAAGGAAAGAAUGAACUUUACCAAGACGACAUUGUUGAAGUCCUUGGCAAUGGUCGCCAGACCGAAGCCGAAGAGGCUUUCUCUGCCCUCGAUCGUGACGGGAAUGGUGACAUCAGUCUUGACGAGAUGAUCUUGACUGUCACCGAGUUUGGUCGCGAGAGGAAGUCAAUCGCUACUAGCAUGCAUGAUGUAGAUCAAGCUAUCAAUGUUCUCGAUGGGUUAUUGUCCGCUGUUGUGUUCCUCAUCUGCAUAUUCGUCUUCAUUGCCUUCCUCAAUGCAAGCUUCGUCACUACCUUGGCCACCUCGGCGACUGCCCUUCUCUCCCUCUCCUUCGUCUUCGCAGCCACCUGUCAAGAGGUCCUAGGUUCCUGCAUCUUCCUUUUCGUCAAGCACCCCUUCGACAUAGGCGACCGCAUUGAUAUUGGACUCGAUCAAUUCACCGUAGAGCACAUCUCGCUCCUCUUCACCGUCUUCAAGCGCGUCGCCACGGGUAAAAUGGUUCAAAUUCCCAACAUCGUCUUGAACAGUGUCUGGAUCGAGAACGUCAGCCGGAGCAAAGCUAUGCGGGAGCAAGUCGCCAUGUUUGUCAACUUUGACACCACCUUUGAGGAUAUUAAACUCCUGAAGAAUGAACUCCAAUCUUUCGUCACCGACAGAGACAACAGCCGCGACUUCCAGCCCGAGAUUGAAGUUGAAGUCGUCGGCAUCGCAGAGAUGAACAAGCUCGAGCUCCGCGUCGAGAUCAGGCACAAGAGCAACUGGGCCAACGAGGUCGUCCGGUCCGCCCGCCGCUCCAAGUUCAUGUGCGCCCUCGUCCUGGCCUUCCGCAAGGUCCCCAUCUACGGUCCUGGCGGCGGCGACGCCGGGCUAGGGGAGUACGGCAAGCCGUCCUGGUCCGUCGCCAUCUCGCCCGAGGAAGCCAUUCACGCGCGCGAGAAAUACAACGAGGAUAAAGACGCCAAACGCCUCUUCCCAGCCAAGAAACCCGAAUCCCCAGACAGCCAAGACAAGGGCAAGUCCAGCGGCACUGACUACCUCGCCGCCGCAGGCGCACCGACCGAGAACAAAGCAGCCGGCAACCUGAACGCCCGCAACCCAGGGGCGACCGACGCGCGCGACGACGCGUGGGAAGCCCGCGACGACGUCAGCACGCUCGGCCGCCCGAGCACCGAACACCCGGACUUCGAAGAGAUCCGCGGCUUGCUCCGGAAGGAGAGCAGCAGGGGCAAGCGCAAGCAAGGGCCGGUCGUCCAGCAGCCUAGGCAAGGCAUGCCGCCUAUCCCGAUCCCUAUCACGCCGCAGCAAUCGCAGCUGCCGUCGCCGCCGGUGGGGAGGUACGACUACGCGCCUGCGCCGGGGCGGUCGCCGCCGUCGGUGGCGGAGGAGGGUUAUCAGAAUGAGGUGGCUGGGACGAGUAGGCGUCCGGUGCCGCCGCCGCAGGGUAAUGCGUUUGCGGUGAGUAUGCAGCGGCCGGUUCAGGCGCCGCGGUUGACGGGUGUGGCGUCGAAUAAUCCGUAUCAGCAGCCGCCGGGGGGCCAGCAGUAUAGGCCCUAGGUGCUUGGGUUUGGUCUGGCUUUGCGAAAGGUGGGUUGAGGAUGGGGAUGUGUACUAUGAAUCUCUUUUGUGCUCUGGGAUGAAGAUGGGGGGAUGGCUGGUGGGAUGGGCUGGUGGUGUCUACGAUCGAAUUCAGGUCUCUGGCUAGUCAUGGUUGGAGGUGGGUAUGCUGGGUCUGGAUUUGAUGCCAGAUGCGGAUGACCUCUUGCUCGUGCUCCCUUCUUUGGGAGGCACGGAUAGGGUAGGUAAAAUAAACAAAUGUCUCUAACAUCCUCUCAUUACU